GCACUGCACAUACAUUGGCGUUGGAGACGUUGAUACAGCGCAUGCUGUCUGCUUGCGAUGUUGGAAGACAGUCUGUAUUUGGAGAACUUGCGAGAGUAUGUGGAAGAUGAGAACAGGAUUGUGACCUACAAGUGGCUCAGCAGGAAGUUGGAGGUACCAACAGAUGCUGCCAAGAAAAUGUCGGUCUGUGUAGAGUGCUGCAUGCAUAUCUGGUGGAGGAAGGUGGAUCGUCUGGUGUUACAGCAACUUAUGUCAUCACUGGAUUUAAAGACACUGAUCGAGGGAAACUGCUGCAAGUCUUGUUAGUGAGAGAUGAGGAGCUGGAAGCUGCAAAGAAUGGUUUUCAGUCAGUGAGGAGUGUCCAUGUGUACAGUGUCCAGAAAACCAGAAUACAGUUGUUGGUCAGGAUUCUGGCACUCUGUUCAUGGCAAACUAUGACAUUUGCAAGGAGCACAUUUCCAGCUACUCCAGAUGGAGUCCAGUUGCUUGCCCUGAGCCUAUGCCACCAUCUGCCUCUACUGACCCUCAUCUACCGGACUCUUCAUCCCUGGAGAAGAAUGGCAGCACUGCUCUGGACAAGAAAAACAGGUUUCCCCAACUGGACUUGAAGAAGGAGGGAGGAGGGAAGGCAGAAGGGGGGGUUACCAAGACAGUCAAAGAGAAAGAAACUAAGAAAGAUGUUGCAAAGCCGUCUAAGAGUGAAGUGACUAAAACUAUGCCAAGAAAGCCUGAUCCAAAGAAGAGCUCUAGCAAGUGCAAGAAAGACUCUAGAGGGAGUGUUGCUACCUACUUCAACAAGCCACAGACUGUGAAAACUGUGGCGCAGAAAGCAGAGACAGUGGCUAAGAGCUCAGUCAAGAAGUUGCAUCUCAAUGAUUCUGACAUUGAUAAUGGCUCUGACAGUGGUGGGGAGUCCGUGGUGCCAGUAGCUCCCAAACCAAAGACCAGUGUAAAGGUGGCCCGAAAGAAGAGAGCUGCAGACCAUUCAGCUAAAGGUGUAGUUGUGAUGGUUUUGUAAUGUGGUACAGCUUGGCCUUGCAGCACCUCCGGCUCCACUGCAGAGGAAAAGAAAGCGCAUCCAGAACACCAUGUCCAGUGAUGAGGAAGGUACGACAGGCUAGCUAUAUACUAUAAUGAAGACCCUGGCAGGUGAUGUUGGUGAGAAAGAAGGAACGAAGAAGGCUGGGGUUGAAGCUAGUGGCAGGAGAAGAAAGAGAGUCAAGAGACUAAAGUCACGGAUGUACACAACUGAUGAUGGAGCCAUGGUGACAGAGAAAGUGUGGGAGAGUGAAUCUACUGACGAGAGUGACUCAGAAACAAAACCUCUGAACAGAGGGAGAAAGAAGGCUCCAGUGGCAUCUGUGAAGCCAGUGAAACGAUCACCUGCCAAAGCAACUAAACAAUCUCUCCUCUCCAACUUUUUCAAGAAAUGACCGUUUUGUUGUUUUAUGCGCAUGCGCAGUAUACUCGUUGCCACGGUAACCGAUAAACACAACGUGGAGUGCGCGCACUGGAAACAUGGCUGAACCUUCGGACGACGUAGCGGAUUCUACAGGCGCCCUAGAAGCUGAAGAUACUAUGCCUGAAGUGAUGGAAGAAGAAGAAGAAGACAGCAGAGGUGGGGUUGGGGAGGGACAGAUGGGCAGUGCAGAUGAAGAUGGAGAAGAGGAUCUUUUAGUGCUUGACCCUAGCCAUGUGCGUAGUGUAGCACUUCCCACUCAUGUAACUGGUGUCAUGAGAAGUUCCGAUGUAGCCUCUAAUGCAAAGAGUGCAAGCAGCCCUCAAAGACCAGCUGACAAGACAAAAGGAAAAGCUGGAGAUAGACUUGAGAAAACAGCAAGAGACAGUGAAGAGUGUGCAGGAGGAGAGGGAGAGACUGGGAGUGCAGCUGUAUGGAGUCCAGCAGCAGCUGGCUCGGCAGCAGGUCCUCUUGGAGAGGGAGCAAGACGACGUCAACUCCAGUCGAGGUCUCCGGGAGCAGAAAGAAGGGAUUCUGAACCAUCUGAAGGACCUAUACCGACAGAUGCUGGACACUCUAAAAACUGAAAGACAACAGACUGUUGAGCUGCGGCAGGAGGUUGAGGAGGUGACAGGUCGUCUGCGGUUCCUGACGGAGGCUCAUCAGACGGUGCAGGGCGACAUUGCACUGACUCGCAGAGCCACGGAGAAGACAACUUCUGAUGUGGCCAAGGCUGAGGAAGACAAGCUGAACCAGGACCUCUACCUGGACAGACUCACCAGUCAGAUAGCUAGUCUGGACGAGCAGAUAGCACUGUACGAUGCCCAGCACAGUGCCCAGUGCCACGAGACAAAGGCAGUGAAAGAGAAUCUGACUGAGGCCAGUCUGGAGUUGGAGGCUCUGCUGUUGGAGAAGAAGAAGCUACUUCAGCAGUGGAACAGUACUCUCAUUGGUAUGAGGAGAAGAGACGAAGCUUAUGCUGCUAUACUAGCUGCUGUCAGUGUGCAGAAGCAGCAGAUCCGUAGUCUUGAAACUGAGAUUGAGAACUACCGAAAGAGCACCACACAGGAGCAGGAGAGAAAUGAGCAACUCACUCUCAUGCUCAACAAGCUUCGUGCAGACAUUGGCCACGUGGAGCGCCAGCUGGCACUCAGCCACGGCAGACACGAGGAGCUGAAGACAGAGUACACAACAUUCACUAGGACACUGCAGGAAACUGAGCAGGCCCUUGCCAGAGCCAACACAGACUGCAGUCUGAAGAGGAAUGAGCUGGGCACAGUGAGGACUCAGACUGAGAGAGAGGCCAGGGAGAAGAGGAAGCUGGAGGAUGUAGUGAUGGAGAAAAUGAUGCAGCAACUGACUAUGGACAAGAGCACACAGUACACCAGGAGAUCAGUGGAGGGGCUCCAGGCUCACAAGGAAAAGUUGGAGACGGCAGCAGUGGAGGUAGAGAAUGACAUAGCCAAGACUCUGCUGCAGGUGGCGAGCCUCUCAGCCGAGAUGAAGAGACUGCAGAGCAGUCUGGACAGGCAGCAAGAGGCAAUGGACAAACAGAACAAGUUCAUCUCCCAGUCAGAGACAGAGAUUGGCCACAACAAUGCUCUCAUUGAGAGGAAGCAGACUCAGAUUGACCAGCUCAACAAGAAGAUCUCUCAGAGAGUGGCCAAACUGGAUGGGGGAGAGGACCUGGGGCCACUGGAGCUGAAGAUCGACACUCUCCAGAAGCAGAUCUCAGACAGUGUGGAGCGUUGUGCCGGCCUCCAGAACUUCUGGCUGCGGCAGCAGAAUGAGUUAGUGAGGAAGACCAGAGGUGCUGAGGACGAGGCCCGAGCUGUGGACUGUCUGAGGAAACAGCAGCUGAUACUGCAGCAAAAGAAGAUGAGGAUUGAUGGUCAGCUGGAGAGGGAAGAGAAGGAGAGAGUGUCAGUGGAACAGAGCAUAUCUCGUCUGCAGCACGAAAUGCGGAGACUCUGCACUCUCAUCUCUGAGAAGAGUGGAGAGCAGACCAGACUGGAGCAGGACAACCUCCUCAUGCAGAAUGACUUUGUGCACGCUCUCAAGGAGUCAGAGUUGGAGUGUAUCCAGACACAGACUAAGGUGGAGCAGUUGAAAGAGGAGAAGGAGAGGCUUCUCAACAGCCUGGUGGAGGCAGAACGUCAGAUAAUGCUGUGGGAGAGGAAGAUCACUCUGGCCAAGGAGAUGAGAGAAAUGGUGGACUCGGAGACUGGCCAGGCUGACAUCAGAGCCAUGCAGGCUGAGAUCCAUCGCAUGGAGGUACGAUACAAUCAGCUGAUGAGGCAGCAGGAGAAGAUGAUCCAGGACAUGGAGAAAGCCGUCUACCGCAGGGAGGCCAUUCAGUUCAAGAGUGAGGUCCAGGUGAUGGCAGGCAAGAGUGAGGGAACUCAAGGUCACAUGAAGAAGAAGAUCACAGAUCUUCAGAGGCAAAUCAAACAGACGGGAAGAGACACUGCCAAGUAUGAAAAGGAGUCAGUGGCAAUGUCAGAAGAUGCUGUUGUGGUGGAGAGAGAUCUGGAAAGACAGCAGGGAAUGUGUCAGAGUCUGCAGUCUCAGUUGAACCAGCUGGAGACGGAGACCACUCAGUCCCUCGUGAAUAAAACCCAGGGGAUGGCUGAGUUAUACUCAGAGCAGGCAAAAUACAAGCAGUUAGUGGCUGCCAAAGAUGGAAGGUAUCGACUGAUGGCCAAGUCCAAGGAAGGUCGGGAGGUCGAGGAAGAAAGACAGCUGCAGAAACUGCGCUCUCUUCAAGCUGUGGUUGACAAGAUCAGGACCGACUUUCCAGCUACCCAGGAGUACCUGCAAACUGUAUCGGUUUCCCUCAGUGCCAGACUGAGCAGGCAACAGCGUGUAGAGGAAGUGGAAACUGCAUAGGACGACGCUGUAGACAUGUACAUACUUUUCCGUUGUUCUCCGU